GGCAGUGAACUUCGUUUCCCAGAGUGCAUCGCGCUGACAGCUUCUUCCUCGCGACAAAAAUGGCGGCGCCUUUAACACUCCUGCUGAUAGUGGCUGUUACAAUAAGAGCUGUUUUAUUCCGAUCCAGUUGGGCGGAAUUAAUUUCAGAGAGGGUCGAGGUGGUGUCGCCUUUGAAUGCGUGGAAACGAGUUGUAGAGGGUCUUGCCUUGUUGGAUCUGGGGGUCUCGCCUUACUCAGGAGAUGUGUUUCAUGAAACACCCUUUAUGAUAUACCUCUUUCAUUUUGUGGUUGACUAUGCAGAGAUUGUUUUUAUGAUAGCAGAUGGAAUCACAGCCGUGGCUCUUUAUCUGUCAAUUCAGACUUAUAACAAGAAUGUGUUUAGAAAACAGAAGUAUGCCUUGGAAUCGGACCGGUAUCCUGCAGACUGUUUGGAGCUCCUCCGCUCUCCCAAGGAAAUGUUCUACAUCCCCCUCAAGGUUGCCAUGUUUUAUCUGUUAAAUCCCUUCACCAUCCUGUCUUGUGUGGCAAAGUCAACUUGUGGGCUGAACAAUGCCAUUAUUGCGCUCUUCAUUCUCUGUACAUUAAAAGGUAGUGCCUUGUUGAGUGGGAUAUUGUUGGCCUUGGCCACAUAUCAGUCCAUCUAUCCUCUAACCCUGUUUGCUCCUGCACUCCUGUUCUUCCUUCAGAGGUUAUAUAUCCCAGUGAACCUGAGGAGGAGUAGUUUCUGGUUCUUCACUCUUCAGUAUGCGUUCAUAUAUGUUGGCAGUCUGGUGGUGAUCACUGGACUCUCUUUCUUCCUCCUGGGCUCCUGGGACUUCAUCCCUUCUGUCUAUGGAUUCAUAUUUUCUGUUCCAGACCUGACUCCAAACAUCGGACUCUUCUGGUACUUCUUUGCAGAAAUGUUUGAGCAUUUCCGUCUCUUCUUCAUCUGCGUCUUUCAGAUCAAUGUCUUUUUUUACACCAUCCCGCUCUCCAUCAAACUCAAGGAGCAUCCGGUGUUCCUCAUCUUCAUGCAGAUUGCCAUCAUCUCCAUCUUUAAGUCGUACCCUACUGUGGGAGAUGUCGCCCUCUACAUGGCAUUUUUGCCGGCCUGGAGUCACCUUUACCGAUUUUUGAGAAACAUCUUUCUGGUGUCAUGUGUGCUGUUGGCAUGCUCCGCGCUCUUUCCUGUACUCUGGCAUCUGUGGAUAUACGCUGGCAGUGCCAACUCUAAUUUCUACUAUGCCAUCACUUUGCUCUUCAACUUUGGACAGAUCCUCCUGGUGUCCGAUUAUUUCUACGCCUACCUGCGUCGAGAACACCACCUGACCCACGGCCUCUAUCUGAAGAAGAAAGAUGGCACUGAAGCCACUCUAGUGUUAAAGUGACCUUCUGUCACAUGUCUUCGAGAUCUCACCGACUGCCUCACACUCUCAUAACUUUCCACACUACAUUUUUUUUCCCAGCUCUUUUACUCCCUCAGCUCUAUUUGCCUCUCCUUUCUUUUUUUUCAAAACCUGUUACUUUCUUUUACACAUUUGAGCAUUUUACCUCAUGUUUGAAUGUUGGCACCCCCUCUUGGACCAAAGCUGUUUUGUAAGAGACUUUUUGAUAAUGGGGGCUGACUGAAGGUAUCUGAGUGAUACAGGACUUUACUGUUUUGGCUCCCAUGAGGCGGGUACAAAGUUAUUUUCACGUUCGAUUUGCUCGUCUUUCUUUGUUUCGAAGGAUUUGUUUUCUUUAUUAAAGUCGAUUCAAAAAGUGAGGUUAUUUGGUUGGACAUGCAGUUUGAAGCCAUGGUCAGCAGAGGGCAUAACAUGAAUGUGACAGACCCCUCUGCGCCUUUGUGGACAUUUUAUCAGUGAUUCUGACAUGAAGAGGUGGUUUUGUUCAAAUGCUCUCUGAAUGCUUUUCUUGGUUUCUUGUUUUUUUUUUUUUUUUUUUUUUUUUUUACACAUUUUAAUAAUGCAAAAGGCAUAAGAGUUGCGUAAAUAUUCAGAUUUGGUACUUUUUGUACAACAGUUUUGUUUGUUUUGUUUAUUUUCUUACAAAAUGAGGGAUUAAACUGCACUGAAUUUUUAGUUAUUUUGAAAUUGGCCCAUGUUUGAAUUCGGUUUGAUGUUCUGUAUGAUUCCCUUAAUAAUUAACCACUAAUUAACCGCCUGGAUUUACUUUGAUCUGUGCUUUUGAUCUAACACCACCAGGGCAUGUGAACCUAUCUACCUAUCGACACCUGUAUAACUCCUCCUUUUUGUGGUUAGACCUUCCUUGUAGUUUUUAGAUGAUGGAAUUUUCCAUUGCUUGUAUUGUUUCCAGACUUUUAGAAUGAUCCACUCUUUGGCCAGGUAGGAAGACGUCAACAUCCGGGUGGCUUUGAUCAUGAGGUCAGCUGUUUCAAUGUCUAGUGUGUGGAAAUCAUCUCUGAAGUCAUAAAGAUGUAGAUGCUGAAGGUUUACAAACAACUGCUUGCCAUUUUAUUUCCACAUGAAAUCACAUAUCUUACCAUACCUGAUGUUGACCUUAAAUGACAUUUAUAACGCAAACAAAUUUUCUUAAACUAAUUAAUUAGUAACAAUUAAAAUAUUUUAUAUCAUACUGUAUAUUAACCAAGAACCUGUUUUUUUUCCUGAUUUUGAGUAAAAACAAACAAAAUUAAGAAGACUUUUCAGAGAAUAAAUAUUCAGUUAAGUUUGCUUCUCUUACUACAUUAUUUUGUUUAUAAAAACAAACAUCAGUAAUGUAAGAAAAUUAACUUAAAAGUUUUAUAUCUUGUUCAAUUUGAAAACAAACUGGUGUUUUUUGACGCUGUUUAGAUAUUGUUAGUGGCAACAAGAAAGACUGAUUAAGACUACUUUUUUUCUUUUUCUUCUGGUGGUGGUAUAAUACAGCAUUUUGACUAAAACUACUGACUUUGACCAUUCUGAGCAGUUGUACUAGCCAGUACCAAUUUUUUUUUUUUUUUUUCAGUCCGCAUGGUGAUUAUUAAUUGUGUUCUUUUAAAUUAAUUUCUCUACUCCAUUUUACCUUGGAUGAACAACAGACUUAAGUUCAUUAGUGUUUCUCUGUACCAAGUAAGAAACAUUUGAAUGGCCUGCGAAAUGUGAACAUGUCUGUAGUUGGCACAAUUAAGGGCUUCUCUCCUGCUUGCAUCAGAGAUGGAGCUGCAGGGAAUCUUUUUCUUAACUCAGCCAUGACAUUUGAAAAACUUCAAUGUGUUUUCAGGAAUAUUUUUCUUUCAUUUUGAAUGCCUAAGCGGUUCAGAAAUGUGCACACUGAAGUAUUACGCAUUACAUGACCUCCAUUUCACAUUACUCUGGUUCCCCUUUCAGCCUGAAAGGAAGGUUUGGGUCAUUUUGGUUGUCAUAACGCUGAUUUGAAAUGAUUUGUAAAUUAUGCAGUGAUUAAAAUGCCAAUAAAGAUUAUUUCUCA